UGACGCAUGCGCAGGCGCCACUUCCUGCUUCCUGGCAGCAGCAGUUGUCCUGAUCUUCUGGUCGUUGUUGGACUUUUCUCUCCGUGUCCACCUGUCUGUCCGGGUCCAUGCGCGCUCCCGUCUGCGCGGCGCUGCUGCUGCUGUGCGCGCUGAGCGACGCGGCGGCUCGUCAGUUCUCAGAAGAGCAGAUGGCGGCUGUCAGGCAGCGCAUCAAGUCCAUGUUCUACCACGCCUACGACAGCUACCUGAGCAACGCCUUCCCCUACGAUGAGCUCCGCCCACUCACCUGUGACGGACAGGACACCUGGGGCAGUUUCUCUCUGACUCUGAUCGACGCCCUGGACACGCUGCUGGUUCUGGGGAACCGGACCGAGUUCCAGCGCGUGGCGUCGCUCCUCCAGGACACCGUAGACUUCGACAUCGACGUCAACGCGUCCGUGUUUGAAACCAACAUCAGAGUGGUGGGCGGCCUGCUGUCGGCCCACAUGCUGGCGGGUCGGGCCGGGAUGGAACUGGAGCCCGGCUGGCCCUGUUCCGGUCCGCUGCUCCGGAUGGCCGAGGACGCAGCCCGCAAGCUGCUGCCAGCCUUCGAUACGCCCAGCGGGAUGCCGUACGGCACCGUGAACCUGCUGCGCGGCGUCAGUCCCAGCGAGACGCCGGUCACCUGCACCGCCGGCGUGGGAACCUUCAUCCUGGAGUUCGCUGCGCUGAGCCGCCUCACUGGAGACCCGACGUUCGAGAGCGCGGCGCGGCGCGCGCUGACCGCCCUGUGGAACACCAGAUCUGACAUCGGACUGGUGGGGAACCACAUCGACAUCGUGUCCAGGAAGUGGGUGGCCCAGGAUGCCGGCAUCGGCGCCGGUGUCGACUCGUACUUUGAGUAUCUGGUGAAAGGAGCCAUCUUGCUGCAGGACCAGGAGCUUCUCAGCAUGUUCCGAGCGUACGAUCGGGCCAUCCAGAACUACACGCGUUUCGAUGACUGGUACCUGUGGGUCCAAAUGCACAAAGGAAGCGUCACCAUGCCGGUGUUCCAGAGCCUGGAGGCUUUCUGGCCCGGCCUGCAGUCUCUGCUGGGGAACUUGGACAGCGCCGCCAGAACCUUCCAGAACUAUUACUCAGUGUGGAGGCAGUUUGGAGGCCUGCCGGAGUUUUAUAGCAUCACGCAGGGAUACACAGUGGACAAGAGAGAGGGGUACCCUCUGAGACCAGAGCUGAUGGAGAGCGCCAUGUACCUGUUCAGAGCCACAGGUGAUCACACCUACCUGCAGUUCGGCCUGGACGCCGUGGAGUCCAUCGAACGCAUCGCCAAGACGCCUUGCGGCUACGCCAGCGUCAAAGAUCUCCGGGAUCACCAGCUGGAUAACAGGAUGGAGUCGUUCUUCCUGGCUGAAACUGUCAAAUACCUGUACCUGCUCUUUGACCCCGCCCACUUCCUGCACGGCGGGGGAGCGGAGGGGGACGGGUCGUGGGAGGGAGGCGGAGCCAGUGGCCAGUGUGUUCUGGGGGCCGGGGGGUUCAUCUUCAACACUGAGGCUCAUCCUCUGGACCCGGCGGCGCUGCACUGCUGCAGCCGCCAUGCACAGGAGCGCCGAGAGCUGCAGCACCUGCUGCUGGGGCUGACGGCGCCCGCCGGCCAAUCGGAGCGGCCUGCCGCUCAGUCAGAGGACCCUCCCCCCAGCCAAUCAGAGAGCAUCGCUCUGAAGCCUGGAGAGAAGAAGGCCCCGCCCCCUCUCUCAUGCCCCGUUCAGCCGUUCGGCGCUCGGCUCGCCGUCCUGGGCCAGGUCUUCUCUGAUAACACCUGAUUGGCUGCAGGUGGGCGACGCCCUAAAGGAGCUCCUGGACUCUGAGGCGCCUCCGGACUGACAGACGUCAGUUUAAAGUUUAUUUUUAUUUAUUAAAAAUGUUUCUGAGUUUUCAGA